AUGUCGUCGAAACCUCAAACCUAUCUGUCCAAUGGACAGGUUCUUGGAAGCCCGCCCCUCUGGGUUCGCAUCAACCGCUUUAUCGAAAACAUUUAUCUCUUCCUGGGCCUCUAUUUCGUGAGCCUUUUCUCGUUUGACCCAUACACGGCUGCGCAGAACUCGCGAUUCAAUAUCAACCGUUCCCAAAAUCACCCGAAUACUAGAGCUCGCUGGGGAGGCAGUGGUGGAUCCGGUUCCGGAGGCGGCGGCGGUGGCGGACCCGGUGGAUUUGGACCUAGGAAGAUUGGGCGUGUGGACGAUAUUCGGGGGCCAGAGUGCAAAAGUUGCCGCUGA